AUGAAGAGAAACCGAAAGCCUGUCUUCAGCAUUGACGAAUGUUGUGUUUGCGCUGAGGCUCUCGACGCCAUGAUAGGAGACAUCUCCUUCUGCGCCAAGUGCGGGCAAAACGUCCAUGAAGUCUGCAUGGAAGCCUGGAAGCGCUCAUCUACUACCAGUUCUAAGAAGGAGUUGAUCCCAACAUGCCCGAUGUGUCGUGCUAGCUGGGAGAACGAGUCACUGCUCAAUCAGCUAGACAUAGAGUCUGAGCUAGACGCCGAGGCUACGCAAAUCUACCUGGACUGGCUGUAUACCUCCACUUUACACAUAUCCGCAAAGGUCUCUCGCGUUACCGAUGCCUUCAAUCUAGUCAUCCUCAAACUCUGGACUGUUGCCAACGCCGUCGAAGAUCCAGUGUUCAAGUCGCAAGUCAUUGCCACUUACUUCGCAGAAGCUCGCGCGCGUUUCUGGAAGGAGAGCGUGAAGUGGGCUUUUGUGGAUCGUAAAUGCGAUGAAGAAAUUCGAGCUUUCGUCAUCGACAUAUCGCUUGCCUAUAUCGAGCCCGGUUGGUUCAAGAGCGAGGGCAAGAACUGGCCAGAGGCCUUCGUGAGUGAGCUAGCAGAUGCAGCCAUGGUCCGGUGGGGAGACAGGAAAGAUGGCAGAACGACAAGGAAGAUGUGGAUGGAGAAGCUGAGCGUAGGAGUGGAUCUGACGAGCGAUGACGAAGAUACUGCGCCUGUAGGCGGCAGCACGAGUUUGGCGUCAGCAGCAUCGCGAAGUCUGCGAGGCAGGAAUCCAGCUAUUGGUCUGAAUAGUCCCAAAGCUGAAGCUACAGAAGUACCAGCAACCAGGAAGCGUCCAUGUCAAAAGGUCGAAGUGAAGAAGCAUACACAUAGUGCGAAGCGUCGGCUGAAGCAAGAUGUCCGCUCCAUGCCUCUUUCCGAUGACUCGGACGACGGCGGACUGGUUGUAUACAGGUCGAAAGGACCAGGAAAGAUGCCCAAGCAGGAGAAGCGCAUCAGCGUUAGGAAGAAGCGAGCUAUCCGGUUCGGCCACAAAAUCGUCCGCGUCCAAGUUUCACGCGGCGAGGAGUUCACUGUCCCCGAAGACAUCAUAUGCAGCAGAUCCACAUUCUUCACGAAAAAGCUACAACCGAAGCGCAAGCCUCUCAAGAAAGACAGUGAAUGCGCGAUCUGCACGGAACCGCUCGAGCACGGUAUACAAGAGCUUACUUACUGCGCUACUCAUUGUGGUAACAACUUUCAUCAUAGAUGCAUUGAGAAGUGGAAGGCGGAGAAGCAGACAGCUCGUCAACCAGUCAACUGUCCUUUCUGUCGUCACAGCUGGUCGAAUGACACCGACGUCAUCACAGUACAUAAGUUUUCCGCCAUCGACGCUGAUGCCUUCGCAAUAUUUCUUGAGUGGCUUUACUAUGAUCAUAUCGCGGUUGAAGACCGGGCGGAUGAAGAUGGCAGAUUCUCUCUUGACACACAUGAACUUGUUAAGGCAUACGUUUUAGGUCUCAAACUAAAGAGCAAGAAGUUCUGUCGAGACGUUAUACAGGGAUUGGUCGAAGUUAGUAAAGACAUUGAUGAAUAUCCGGGUCCGGACAGCAUCCGCCUCGCUUACGAUAAGACAGCCAAAGGAUCACCACUGAGGCUGGUCUUGGUACUACUAUGGGCAGAUACAGCGGAUGCUGCUUGGAUUGAAGACGAUGAGACAGACGAGUAUCCCGCAGAAUUCUUCAAGGAUUUGACAACGGCUCUUUUGAGGAAGUAUCGGGGCAAACAGAAGUGGGACCUAGAAAUGAUAAUAAAAGGUCAAACGGUGGAGGACUCUAUCUUAGUUGACGACUCAGAUGAGGACAAGUCGCGUGAAGACGAGGAUCAAGAAAUGGGGGACGGAGAAUAG